CAUUCUGAUAGUUUCCCUGAGCCCGUGCGUCACAAACACACCGACGUCCGCAACCGCCUCGUUCAUUUUCUCCUCACACGGCGUCAACGGUGUAUUGCCGUAGCCGUUCAAACGAAUAAAAACUGCACGAACGCGGUUUAACGUGUUACGAGUUUGUUUCGUUUGCAAAAGUCUGCGUCGCCACACUUGGGAGUCUACCAGUCGUCAGCGUUCCAUACACUCAACGUCAUCCGCACAAUCGUUACAACAACCAUGUCGAGCAAAAAGAAUAAAAAGCAGAAGUGGAUAUCAAUAGAAACAGAAGUUAUUUCAAUUGCUAGCGGUACAUGCUGGGCAGAUGAAGCAGAAAAAGAACAUAAUGGAAAACAUGGAUUUGCUGGUUUUGGAUUUGAACCUAAGCCAUUAAACCUUCCUAAGGCACCAAGAGCAGCAUGUGAAUCUAUCAUAGAUGAAAGCACUGUGCCUCAAGAAGGACCGUUCUUGGUUCAUAUGUCAAAUUUGCAGUUUGAAAUUGAUGAAGAUGAUAUUUCAAAUUAUUUUAAAGGACUCAAGAUUAACAACAUUAAAUUACCACGUAAUGACAAUGGCCGCAAUAAAGGAUUUGGAUAUGUAGAGUUUGAAGAGCGAAAAGAACUAAUUACUGCACUUGGAAUGGAAAAUUUGAUUCGUGGACGUCGUGUACGAGUUGAACUGGCUAGUGGUAUGCAAGAUUCUAGAAAUGCUUUUCAAAGAGGCAGUCGCAUGGGUAUGGAUUUUCCUAGUGAUGAACCUGGUGAUUGGCGAUCGACUAACCGAUCUUCAACUACUGAUGAUAGAGGAGGAUUUACUAGGCGACGAGAUGGUGGUGCUUUUGAUAAAGACCAUGAUAGUGAACGAGAUAAUGGUCCUUGGAGAAGUGCCAGACGUACUGUUGAUGACGAUGUACCACGUAAACCAUUUAGUGAUCGUCGUUUUGAUGAUUCUGAAAGAAGACCUUUUAGUGACCGACGAAGUGAUGAUCCUGAUGGUGGGAGAAGACCUUUUGGUGAUCGUAGAGGAGAUGAUUCUGAUGGUGGAAGAAGACCUUUUGGUGAUCGUCGUGGAGAUGAUUCUGAAGGUGGAAGAAGACCAUUUGGUGAUCGCCGAGGUGAUGAUUCUGAUAGUGGUAGAAGACCAUUUGGUGAUCGUCGUUAUGAUGAUUCUGACAGUGGAAGAAGACCUUUUGGUGAGCGCCGUGAUGAUAUCGAAGGUGGACGAAAACCAUUUGGUGAAUCUAGAAGAGGAUUUGGUUUUAAACGAGAUGAUGAUUUGCCUGAUAUUGCUGGAGAAAAUACUUCACAACCACAAGAACGCCCAAAGCUCAUACUAAAGCCCAAGACUGUUGAUCCAAAUGCACCAACGACUGAAGCACCUAACUAUGUAGCUGCAUCAUCUAUAUUUGGUGCAGCCAAACCCGUAGACACAGCAGCUAAAGAAAGAGAAAUUGAAGAGAAACUUUUAGCUAAAAAUGAACCAAAACCUCCUCAAUCAGAAUUGUCUGGUGCUUCCUCGGAAACCAGUUUAAAUGAGGCUUCUGAUAAUAAGUGUCAAGAAGAAACAGAAGUAAAACCACCUACUAAGCCUAAAGCAGUUGAAACAUGGAGGCGCAGAAGUCCACGUCGAACAAAUGAUGAUGAUCGUAUACCUCGUCGAAGAGCUUCUCCUGAACGUAACCCUAGAUAUGAAGAAGCUCCACCACCCCGGGAAAAUGCUUGGGAAAAACAUUCUUUAAUCAAAGAAUCCUUGUCUUCCGAAGAAAAUGUGUGCAAUGGAACCCCAACAAUAGUGGAAGAUGAAAAACCAAGACCAAAUGUUUACAUUCUACCAAAUCUUCGUAAAAAAACUCUGGAAGAAACUGUGAUAUUAGAUACAAUAGAAUCUGAACCUAUUAGAGAAGAAACUUCCCCAGAUUUAGAUAAAAAUGUUCCAGAUAGAGCAGCUGAUGGGUCAGAAAUUGUUGAAACUAUAGUUGUAGAAGCCCCAAAUGAUGUUAGAACUGACCCUGACGGCCAAUCCAGUGAACCCGAUGUAGUGAAAGACCAAUCCGUUAACGAAGAAGAUACAAAUGAUUCUGGGUUUAUUGAAUGUGGAAAAAAUAGUUCUGAUAAAUAUAAAUCAAAAAAGAAGCCUAAAGUUGUUAAAAAGUUAUCAGAAAUAGAAGUUAAGAAGAAAGAUCCUGUUAUAACUAAGGAGCUAAAGAAAUCUACUAGUAAUAAAUUUGCUGCACUUCUUGAUGACGGUUCCAACGAAUAGAAAAUACAGUUAAUGUUUUAUAUUUUUUCAUUAUAUUGUUAUAUUACUUAUAUUUAAGGAUAUAUAUAUAUAUACAUACAUAGAGAAAGAGCUGAAUAUAAAAUUGAAGACAGCCAACAUAUAUCUUUCUUUAUAAUCUCUUUAUGUUAUAUUCAUUAUAUUAAUGUCUGAUAGAAAUGUUUUUUAGUAAAUGUAAUUAUGUGUUAAUUUAUGGUGAUGCGCGACGUCUGUUGUUACACUACAUCCAUACAAAUUUAAAGUGAUACAAAUUUAGACAUCUUAAUUUAACUAAUCCUUUUUUUUAAACAGAUCAUGUGGUUUGCACAAUUAUUAAAUACCACUGUACAAAAUUAAUUUUUUUUUUGUGAUUUAAAUUUAAAUUUUUUUUCAAUUUGUCGUCUAAACAAUCCAUAAGACUGCUUACUUGAAUAAGUGAAUUAUAAUUUUUUUUUAUAUACAUAAAUACUAGGUAUUAUGAUAACAGACGCUCAUUAUUUAUGUUAACAAGACUUUGACCAAGGACAAGUCACUGCCAAUCUUUCUUUUAGCAUCUUAAUUUGUAAACAUUUUUUAAAUUUUGUUGGUGAUUUGUGUAUCAACAGACUUACACAAUUAUAGAAUUAAAAAUUAAAUUCAUCUAUUAUAUAUUCAUAUUUUGUAAGUAUUAUAAUUUAUAAAAUAAAUUUUAGAUAUUUUGUAUAUUUUACUCUUGAAUGUAUGCAGUCUUGUGAUGUAUUUAUUAUUUUUUUUUUUUUUAAUUUUAAAACACUUAUGUUUAAGUUUGUGAGUUUAAUUAAUUUUUGAUACUGACUUGGUUUCAAAAUAUAAUUUAAACUUAUUUAAUUAUUUGUAUUCUGUAAAUAAUAAUGAAUUGUAAAAUAUUAAAUUAAUAUUUUUACUUUCUAGUAGAUAUUUUCAAUUUACAAUAUCAAGACUAUUGUAUUUUUUGAUUAUUUAAUCUGCUCGAGCAGUUUUAAUGUUUAGUUAACUAUAAUUAUUGUGCAUUAUUUAUAUAAAAGUGUUGUUCAUUGGUAUCCCUUUUUUUAUUAUUAUUUGUUGAACUUAUGUAUAUUACCGAAAACAAUUGUUAUUUAGUUAGUUUUUUCAAAAAUAAUACAAAAGUUUUCCUUUAAAAUUUUAAUGUAAAAUGUUUAAUAAUUGGACAAUACAAUAAUUAUUUAUACUGCCUUAGUGUUUCUCUAAAUGUAUCUACUUUAUUUGUAAUAUUGUAAACAUUAGUUUACUAUGGAUUAUUAUUGGAAAUACAUGUGAUAUUAUCUAUCAAUUUUUUUAUACAUACAUAUACUGUAGGAUUUUGUUUUUGUCAACUGAUUCCAAUUCAACAUUUUUGGUUGUGCAAUAUAACUAUUUAAUCUUGCGUGAAAUAUAUGUCAUAGUUUUAUUUUAUUUGACAUUUAGUUUUAAAAAAACUAUUUCCUUGUUUAAAUUUUUUUUAUAUUAACAGAAAUGGGGAUUAACUAGUAGUAUUGCUUUGGACAGCUAGUUAGUUAAAAAAAAACCUAAGAAAUAUGUGACAACAUGAUAAUUGUAUUUAAAUUAUAUAACUUAAAAAUUAGAAAAUUAUGUAAUUUAUUGUUAAUUAUUGUCUGAUAUAGUAGAAUGAUAUUUGGUACUCUGAUGUAUUUUUAUAUAUAUAAAAAUACAUAAAUUAAUGUAUGAAAUUUUUUAGUGCUAGUCCUGUUUAUUUGUAAACAAUGUGUGUUAAGUGUUGAAUAUAUCGUUUUCCCUCACA